UGGCAUUGAAAGUAGGGAUGGGAAAGUCGAUCCGUCGAUUCUUCGAUACCCCGAUUUUUUGAUACAUAAUCGAUAAUCGAGGAUCGGCGAAAAUCACCGAUUAUUAAAAUUCUGCAGGAUGUAGACGUAAAGUGCUGCCUAGCAGCGGUUCAUCGCUGUCGUUGCAGUAAUUUUAGUCAGUUUUACAACUAAAUAAAUAACCAUAAACGAUAUAAUAAAUAAUAAAUGAAAUAUAACAUAGCUUACCACAGCUCAGUUGCCACAAUCCCGUAAGCGGGAACGGAGGUUGGCGAUUUCGUACUGUGCAUUUAGGGUUAUUUAUUUAUUAACGCAGUGUUAUCGUAUAAAGAAAUUGUAGCCCAACUUUUACUUGCUGAAUACACCCACAUUGGUAGCCAUGUGCACAAAAUUUCAAGAUUCUACUGAGAAGUGUGCCACGUUUUCUACGUUUCUAGUAUAUUUAUUCACUUGCGUUGUUGCAUAUUUAUUUUCGUCAAUGAUUUUUUUUGUUAACCAGCAUUUGUCUAUACAUGAACUUUCACAGGUUUGCCAACUUCCGGUACAGAUCUUAUUCUCAAUUACUUAACGAUAAAAUGCAAGAAUAAUGUGGCCAUAGCCCGUAACAUUUUACGAGUUACGUAUUUUCCGUAAUUUAUUUAAUAACAGUAAACAUUAAAUCACCAGUUAAUUACGCAACUUAAACAUAAAAUUUCAAUGGACGUUUUUGAAACACGUUUUCAUUCCAGUAAGUUACCAGUACGGCAACUGUAGAAAUUUUCUUACAUGCUUUUGUUUCCAGUGAUGCUUCUUUGUUUGAAUGUUGGGUAAUGUUAGCGCAAUACGAAUAGUAAAAUAACAUUUUUAUUUACGUGAUGUCUAGUGAAGUGUGGAAAUACUUUGUCAUCGACCGACAAAAUUCUGGCUACGCAAUAUGUCAAAUCUGUAAAUGUACAAUCUCACGUGGCGGUAAAUCUAAAACUACAACAAACAUGAAAAAACAUCUCGAAAACAAGCAUGGGAGUUACGUUCAUGAGACGAAGAAACAAAGGCUACAUUCAUCGGAAUUGAGCGAGAUUGAAGAAAAUGAAAUAGAUGAUAGUUCAGCACAAAAUUGUUCUUCAGAGACAACCUUGCCAUUGUCAUCAAAUUCAGAUGUUAGGCCUACUGCUACUGAUUCAUCGAGAGGCAGCGGUUCAGUGUCCCCGAGGCAUGCUGAGAAAGUUGGCCAAACGAAUAUUUCAUCAAGAACACCAAACCAGUAUAGGCUAACUCCUAAAAGUCAAUACCAGCCUACAUUACAAUCAUUUAUUGAUAAAACUGCACAAUUCAAGUCCACUGAUCCUCGUGCAAAAUCAAUAACUCAGCACAAAGGUAGAAUGAUGUGCUUAGACAAUCGUCCUUUUAGCAUGGUUGAAGACAGAGGAUUCACAGAAUUUGUCAAAUUCCUUGAGCCUAGGUAUGUUUUGCCCAGCAGAAAACAUUUUUCAAAUACUGUUGUACCACACAUGUACCAAGAAUGUAGGGAAAAUGUGAACAAAAAGUUGGACGAAGCUGAACAUGUGAGUCUUACAACAGAUAUGUGGACUUCAACAGCCAAUGACGAUUAUCUUGGUCUAACUGUGCAUUUUGUUGAUUCCAAUUUUGUCUUGCAACACCUCAACAUUGGGGUUAUUCCCUUUCCUGAAUUAUCUCACACAGGGAACAAUUUGUGCAAUUUUAUCACAGAAACACUUGAAGAAUGGAAGCUGCAAUCUAAAGUUGUUGCCAUUGUAAGAGACAAUGCCAGGAACAUAACUGCUGGCCUAGAAUCAUCCGAAUAUGAACAUCUGCCAUGCCUAGCACAUACCCUGCAGCUUGUUGUAAAGGAAGGGCUACUGAACAACAAGAAUGUAAAUAAUCUGAUUGCCAACGGUCGUCGCAUAGUUGGCCAUUUCAAACAUUCUUGUAAGGCGACAAAAGAGUUAAAGAAGGCUCAAGCCACGCUGAAAAUGAAAAAACAUAAACUUAUCCAGGAUGAACCAACGCGUUGGAAUUCAUCUCUCCAUAUGCUACAGCGCUUACUUGAGCAAAAACAGUCUGUUUCUUUAGCAUCAGCAACUCUGCAGUUACCUGUGACUUUUUCAUCAGCAGAAUGGAACCUGAUGACAAAUGUAGUAAACCUUUUAAGUAUUUUCAACCAUGCAACAUUGGCUGUAAGUACUCAGUGUGUGACAGCCUCAGAAGUCAUACCUAUAAUCAACAGUUCUACUGAAGAGCUAAGGAAACCAGCACCUACUGGAUCAGGUGUACAGGGCAUCAAAAAUGAUAUGCUUGCUGCCAUAACUUUGAAGUAUUCUGAUGUUGAAGAGAAUAUGUUGUACGCAGUUGCAACAUUACUGGACCCACGAUUUAAACACCAUGUUUUUGUGCAGGACGGUAAUGUCACAAAAGCGAAAGUUUUUUUGAUUGAAGAAGCAAGAAAAACUAUCUGUUUGAAACAACCUGAAACUGAGUCUGUGCCGCAAACAUCCAGCCAAGCAAUGGAAAGCCAUGGUAUGUGGACAUUUUACUCAAACAUAAUGAAGACUGCCCCAAGUGUAAGCCACAUCGCAUCAGUUGAAGAUGAGAUUAAUGUUUACUUGGAAGAACCUAUUCAAAAUUCAAGUACCAACGUUUUCCAGUAUUGGAAAGAAAAUACCAAGUACCCAUGUUUAAAAAAACUGUCAAAGAAAUUUCUUUGCAUUCCACCUUCAACUGUACAUUCCGAGCGAUUAUUCAGCACUGCAGGACUGAUUGUUGAUCAGAAACGGAACCGUUUAGAUCCUGAACGAGUCAAAAUGUUGGUUUUUUUAAAUAAGAAUUUGUGAUCUAAUAAGAAUUUAGGAUCUAAUAAGACUUUGUGAUCUAAUAAGAUGCUUUGCCAGUUUUCAUUUAUUAUUUUAAGAACUUUCAAUUUUAUUUUGUCAAAAGUGUUGUUUUUAUGAUAUUUCACUAUGUUGUCAUUUAUUUCAAAGGUAUAAAGAUUGAAUUUGGUAGUUUCUGGUUUUUUACAAUAUUUUUAAUAAUCACAACUUUUUGUGGCUAUUUAAAGUUUGAUUGAUAAAUGUUAAUGAUUGUACAUUUAGUAAUUAAUAUACUAUUUAUUAAAUUGUAUUCCAAUGAAAUUGUUAGUAUUUUGAUGACUUUACGACAAUUCACUUUUUAUUAGUACUACUGACCUAUUACUAAAUUACGUAUUCUCUUUUCAAAAUUACAUAUUCAACUGGAUUAAACAUAAUCCACAUAAAAAAUAAUGCUUGCCCUACACAUUACACAUUACAGAAUAGUAAUUUCAAUUUCUUUAUUUCAAGUAAUGUAAAGUUUUGUUUUAUGUGUUAAAUUUAAUAGUAUUUAUUUAUUAUUUUGAAAAAUGCUUUUUUAGUGUAUUCAAUAAGUAUGUUUACUGAUUCCAUUGUAACUUAUACUUCAAUCCCGAAAAUGAGAAUCUAUAACUUAACCUAAUUGAUUGGAAUCGAUAAUCGAUAAGAAUCGAUGAUCGCAACAAGACUCGAUAAUCGGUAUCGAAUCGAAAAUUUUGAAAAUUUCCCAUCCCUAAUUGAAAGUAUUAAAGAAGUUCAAUGAAUACUUGAGGAACAAUAAAUUAGCCUUGGUCAUGCCAUUCUGCAAGUGGGUAAGAAUGAAUUCAGCACUCUUGAGUUUGUCUUCAACUACUGCCAGCAAGAAGAAAUGCUCGAGUGCUGGCCAUAUUUCCAGAACUCUACAUAUACACUGAUGCAUCGCUAGCCACCGAGUGUUUGAGGGCUUCAGUACUUUCAACCGUUCAGCAUGAAAGAAUUCUUGGAUAUCAAUCAACUGUUUACAUCUUUUGGCACUGCCCGAGAUGUAGUUGUAUAUUGCCCGAAGUAACUCUUCUGCAGAUCCAGACAACUUCUCACAAGCUUUGCUUGCAACCAAAGCUGCUGAGUGGCAAAUGCAUGGAAGCAAAACAACAUUUGGGGCAUCGUCACGCAAGUGUGAGAAAAAUGAGUUUCUCGCUCCCACCAUUACUGAGGCACCAUCAGAUGCUACACCAACAAUGUUCUCAACUGGGAUUUCUUUGUCUUGUAAAGAUUUUUUAAAAGCUCCGUAAAGUGAAGCGGCAGAGCAACUUGAUGCAUCAAGAGGUAUUAAUUCAAGAAGUUCAGUUCUUACAGUGUUUUGUACAGGGCAAACGUAACGCACUAAUACGCACAUAAAUUUGGUGACUGAAAUGUCAGUACUUUCAUCUACAAGUACAGAAAAAGGAACAUUUUUUAUAUAGUUUAUGGUCUCUGCAUUUUCCACAGUUGCAAGUACAUUCUUAACAAUUGAUGUACAUUUUGUUCGUUUCAUUGUUACCUGUUGAGCUAUUUUAGAAUCUUCAAAAAUUUCAGUACACAAUGGCACUAAGUGAUCAGCUAUACUCAGUCCUACGUUGUUUUCUGCAAAAAAUGCAGCAAGUUUAAUUUCAGCAGCCUUUACCUUGUUUUCAAGUGUUGGUUCUUUUUUCUGUACCAGUGAAACAAUUGAUGGUACUAAUUUUAUAGCUCUCAUGUUACUUAUGUGUUUGUUGGUUUUAGCAUGUUUUUGAAGUUCGCUUUUGCCACACACCAAAGUAGAAUUACAAACUUUACACUUACACUUCUUUGAAUUGUUAGGUACUGGAAUCAACCAAGACUUGAACUCUGGAUCUUCUAACCAAGCAUUGAAGAACACCUUUUGUUCCCUUUUGGAUUUCUUGUUAUUGCUUGUUUCACCAUCGGCACUUCGUUUUUCUGUAGUAGUUGCAACCGAACUCGCCAUUUUAAAACAAACUUAAUCCGUAAAUUAAAAAAUACACUAUAUAUCCACGAUCCACCAUGAUCAUAGAUAUUCACCAUUAGGGAUGCAAACGAUACAUCGAUGUUUUCAAAACAUCGAUGUAUCGUUCAUGAAACAUCGAUGUUAGCAUCGAUGUUUUGAAGAGCGAUAUAUCGCCGAUGCAUCGACGAAAAAGUCCAAAAACAUCGACAUCGUUCAUCAUUAAAAUUACCCUAGUUAUUUUAUAAUAUUUUGGCUAUCAUUUCAUGAAUAUUUAUUGAAUAUAUAAAAAAAAAUUAUGAUACGACAUUUAGUUUUUAAGAUACAAUUUUUUUAACUGUCUAUACUUACUAUAAAAACCCACAUUUUAAGUAGGUAUCAAAAAUGUUGUAAAUACUGAACUAUUUGGUUGAUUUCAGUAUCAAUUUUUUCCCAGUAUUUUAAGAUGUGUAAAAUCAUUUGGAAAAAAAUAAAUACUGUUAAAAAAAUUUGUUUACUUAAGUAUUUUCUUUUAAAUUUUGAAAAAAUAUAGGGGAAAAGCAGCGAGACUGGACAAUUUCAUAGCUUGUUGUACAUACAAGCUAUUGAUUGAUACCGAUACGAUCUCGCUAGCUCUAUCGAGAAAAUUAAUGUUACAUUUUAAACCUGCUAUUCCCUAUUUUUUUUUAAUUAAAAAUAAAUUGUGUAAAAAAAAGCAUAUUUAUUUUAAAGAAGUAUUUUUUUUACUACAGUUAUAAUAACUAAACAUUGGCAACUUUUGACCUUUCUUUUUUUAUUUUUUAUUUAUUUAUUUAUAAGCCUCCAUUUCUCCAGGCAGCCUGAAGGGGAGUUGUCAAUACAAAACACAUAGGACACUCACAUACAGAACUCAAAUUCAGUACAGCGGAUAUUUUGUCAUGGUGCUACCAGCAAAUCAUAUACAGUAGCAAUUAUUAUACAGUUUUGAUACAUUAAAUUAUAUAACAUAUAUUUGGUCAGUAAACAUGGUCAGUAAAUUACAAUAGCUACAAUUAGGAAAUUCGCUUCCAAUGUAUACUAAAAUUUAUAACAUUUCAUAAAAAAAUUGGUUGUCUGUAAAGUCGGUUUACGAACGAUAGUUUAACGUGAAGUCAUAACAAAAAACAUUGAUGAAAUUAUUGCAUACUUUUAUGAAUAAAAUUGAAUAAUUUUUAUUGAAUUAUCACUAAAGAAGGAGUGAAAUGAAAUGUACAAUUUAAUUGAUGAAUUUGCUUUUAUUUGCACUCAUUAAUUCAAAUAUGUUUAUUACUUUAACGAAGAGAUUAUUUAACUAUAACUUUUAUACAAGUUUGCUAUUUAACUUCUUCCAAUCUGUGUUAUUCUGUUAAGGAUAGGAAGAUGAUAGGAAAAGUAGGAAACGAAUGGGAGUGUUUCAAGAUUAAUGUGCCUCGAAAAAGUCAAAUCGAUGGUUUUUCCAAUCGAGUGGAAGAGAGAUAGAUGCGGCGCAAGCGUACAAUUAGCGUAACGGGGCACAGCGUAACGGGACACAGCGUAACGGGACACAGCGUAACAGGACAAUGUGCGUAACGGAAGACUUUUUCGUGCGUGCAGCCGGCGUUCAUCGAUUUAUUAGACGUCACGUCAAAAAAUAGUUAUUUUUAAAAUGAUUUUAGACUUCUUAAAAUACUGGAAAAAAAUGAUAAGGAUACCAACCAAAAUGGUUUAGCAUAUGCAACAUUUAUUUAUACUUAAAAAUAUAAGUUUUAUAAGUAUCGAAGAUUAAAAAAAAAGUUUCUUGAAAACUAAAUGUAUCGCAAUGGUUUUUGGAUAGUAGAUCUCUCAUGAUCUGUACUAUUUACAAUAUAUUCAUGAAAUGAUAAAUAAAAACAAAAAAACAAGGGUAAUUUUAUUUUAAGUAAGCCUGUGUCUUAAGGCUGCAGUCUGCCCGGGCACACACACGGUGCGCAGAGCUUCAGGAAAAACGUGAUUUGAAAACUACUCAAGAUAUCCGAGUGGGGUCUGUUUACGAAAAGCAUUUAAGUGUUCGCUGAAUGCCGAAAUGUACUUUUGAAUUCGGAUUAAGUUUUUAAACUGUGUUUUUAGUAGAGUGAAAAUGGCUUGUUUUCGGAGUAAUUUUUAGGCAUAAAACAACCGAUACAGAAUCUUGAAACCAUUUAAGGGCAGUGCAGUACACCUUUAUCUUCAUUUCUCGGCCAUAUAAUGUCACGGUCACCGCUCAUAUGCACUGGGAGAAGACUGCGCGCCAGUCCAGAGGAGACACCGCGCUAGAAGCACCAGCGAGCGUCGCGCUUAUCAUCCCGCCUCACUAACACACAUAAACCCCGAACAUACGGCCAGCUUUACAUACAUUUAAAUUACGGACAUGCCCUUUUCCACGAAAAAAAAAAAACUAUACAUUUACAUUUAAAAUUUUGAUUAAAAUUUUAAUCAACACUGAAGUAAUUUUCUAGAUAAAUAUCUACAUACGAAAUGUUAAAAAUGUGUGUUGUGAAUCAUUGUGUUUGCUAUUGUUUCUGCUUUUGAAAGUAAAAUUCUUGUAUAGUUUGGACCAAUGCAUACAUCGCUUGUGGCAUUACUUCCACAUAACCAGCUGUCCCCCCGGUGACGUCACACACUACCAACCAAUGGCGCGCGAGCAACCGGUGCGCCCCUUUCAUUCAUUUCAUUUCGUUCGUGGAUACUCGGCCGACGAUACGUGGAGUCGCGUUCGCGCGUAUUUCGGGUUGUGCAGUGCUACUGGAUAUUGCUCUCUUCAUGAUUUGUGUACUUUUGGAUAAGUAGGUAAGUAAAGUAUUAUGUUUAUAAAUUAUAAUACAAUCAUUAGUCUUAAUUAAAUUUAUUUGAAACGCACACAGUCAUCGAGUAUUUUGAUGAUAUGCAUACUAUAGUUUAUUAUACAUGUUAUUUAAAUGAUUCAUGCAAAACCAGGAAAUUUAAUAUAAUACAAUUAUUUAGACUAUGUCAUUUCAGUUUAGCGCUGUUUGUUAUGGAAAAAAACGGAAGAUUGCAAAAUAAGAAAAAAAAAACUUUAAAAACACACAAUUGCACAGAUAACAAGCCUAGAUCAGCCGAUGUCGAACAAUUUGACCUAACAAUGAACCUUAAUAGGUAUUUUAAACAUAAUACCUGUUUAUUUUCAUUGUUGUGUUAGUAUGUUUGCUGCGUUGCCAAUGCUGUUGACUGUCUGCUUUUCCUGAUAUUGUUGAAACUGUCCCAUCAUUAUUAGGCCACUGUUCGUCUGUGUUUUUUUUGUGACUAAAUUUCUUCCAUGGAAUUCUUGUGUUGUCUGAUAUUUUAAUUUUGAAUGUGUUCGUCGAUUCUGUCGUCGUUGUGUUGACACAUUCCUCACAUCCUUGGCGGAUGUUCGCCUGUAAACACAGUUCAAAAAUGUUAUAAGUAACGCAGUUAAUAGGCAUGACGACUUGAGCUGUUUUUUCAACUAAACAAGAGCUUGUUACCCUUUAUUCUGGUAAUCAAUGUGCGUUCAUUAACAUUUUUAACGCGUUAGCUGUUAAAGAUUAACUUAUACAGCUGAUAAGAGGAAGGGUGUAGAAAUGCAAGGUAGGAAAUUCUUAUAGCUUAUCCACCAGUAUUACUUGUCGACACCAGUAAUACUUCGGUUGCUUUUUUCAUUCUGCCUUUAUCUCUCCCAUAAAAAUUAGAUACUGGCGCAAGUGAGACUUGGAAUGUUAAAAAGUAUGGGAUGGGAAUACAGGGGUGGACAGAAGGCAUCAUGUUUGGGGAAAAAGUGGCGUAAUUAUUUUUUUACUCUGUGAAGUGACUUUGUUUGUCAUCUCAUGGGAAAAGAUAAUUGCUUGAGCUGUCAAAAUAAACAUCGCCGGCGGCAGUAAAAACAAAAAGUGGUGUACAUCUGGUCGAUCGCUGUGUAUAUCUACUCGAAAAAACAUGUCAUAGCAUUUCAGGAUAACUAGAGUCCUAAUGUCUUACGUUUACAGCCAUAUGUUUUCUACCUGAUACAUACAAUUUUGCUUUUAUCAGUUUGCUGACAGUUGUAAAAUGUUUUUACUCUCUUCUCGGUAAAAUUAAGUAAGCCGGUAUUAAUGUGGUUGUUAACAAGUCCAAACAUCCACGAUAGGCCACAGCGCAGAGGGCAGGCAGGGAUUGGCGAGGAGAGGAGGGCCAGCAAACAUUCCAUGUUGACAUGCUGCGGCCGGAGGUUAUUUUGGUCGUUGCAUUAAAAAUAUUUAUUAUUUAAUGGCACUUAAUUUAUUAAGUUCAAAUAUACAAAAAUCAUACCAGAUAGAUAUAUAGGGUUCAAAAAGUAAAAUAAUAGUUUUCUUCGCCUGGAAGAAAAAAAAAAGGGGGGGGGG